AUGGCAGGAGUAAUCUUCACCAAUUUGGACAACCUGUGCAAUGUGGAUUGUACUAAUGUCCACCCGCUGGUUUGUCACCUGUGCCACGAGCAAUACCAGUCCCCGUGUUUGUUGGACUGCUACCACAUCUUCUGUGCACGCUGCUUACGAGGCCGGACCAAUGACAGUCGUCUCAGCUGCCCCCUCUGUGGAUACACAUCCAUACUUAAAGGGAAUAAUGCCCUCCCACCAGAGGACCGACUGCUGAGGUUUCUGGUGGACAACAAUGCAGACACUGAGGAGACCGUGCAGUGUGCGAACUGUGAUCAGGAAAGUAACAACAAGGACACUGGGGUGAUGUACUACUGUAACACUUGUAACCAGCCACUAUGCAGCGCAUGCAGGGAGCUGACACACAAGGCCAGAAUGUUUUCCCAUCACGAGAUCGUAUCCCUGGCCAAACGCACCAAAGCCAAACACAGGAAGUGCUCUCUCCAUGAGGAGCCCUACAUCCUGUUCUCAACAGAGAAUAAGUCCAUGCUUUGCAUCAGGUGCUUCAGAGACAUGCAAAUGGAGAGUCGGACGCACUGCAUUGACAUCGAAACAGCUUACGUUCAAGGAUGUGAGAUGUUGGACCAGGCUGUGUUGGUGGUGAAGGAGCUGCAAACUUCAACUCGAGAGGCAAUCGUUCUGCUGAGAGCAAUGAUAGGAGAAGUGUGUCUGAAUGUGGAGGAAGAGGAGAGCGCAAUCUGUACCCUGUUCAACAGUUUGCAGGAAAAACUAGCAGAAAGGAAGAAGAUUCUACUGAAAGCAGCUCAAAGUCAACAUGAGGAGAAGGAGAAAGCACUAAAGGAACAACUUUCACAUCUUUCUGCACUCCUCCCAACCCUCCAGGUACACCUCGUCACCUGUUCUGCCUUCCUCAGCUCAGCCAACAAAUUUGAGUUUUUGGAUAUGGGCUACCAACUCAUGGAGAGGCUGAAGAGGAUUGUAAAGCUCCCUCACCGACUGAGACCAGUGCAGAGCAGCAAAAUCAACACAGACUACCGCAGUGAGUUUGCUCGCUGUCUAGAACCCUUACUGCUGAUAGGACAGCGCUGCCCUCCUUCUGUCACCGGAUCCACAAGUGUUGGAACAAGGCUCCAGUCCCCUCUCUCCAUGUCUUGCCACUCUCCAUCUCUCAGUGAGAUGCCCCUUGGUUCUGUUUUCGGGCGAAGGCCCACAUCUCACCGCAACAUCUGCACAAAGGUCCUCCUGGCUGAGGGGAGAGAGACACCCUUCACCGAGCACUGCCACAACUAUGAAAACUCCUACAGGAUUCUCCAGACAGAGGUUCAGAGUCUGAAAGACCAGGUCCAGGAGCUGCACCGAGAUCUAACCAAGCACCACUCAAUCAUCAACACAGAUAAAAUGGGCGAGAUCCUUGACAGAUCGCUGCACAUUGACAGCCAAAUAGCUUCGCAGUACUCCACAGUGGAAACUAUGAGAGUCAUGUUUGAAGAGAUGUGGGAUGAGACUUUUCAGAGGGUCACUAACGAGCAGGAGAUCUAUGAGGCCCAGCUUCAUGAUCUGAUGCAGCUGAAGCAGGAGAACUCAUAUCUAACUACUAUCGCCAGACAGAUCAGCCCCUACAUCCUGUCCAUCGCUAAGGUCAAAGAGAGACUUGAGCCCAGGUUUCAGGAGCCUAAAGAGCACCAAGAUGACCGCACAGAAACAAUGCUGAAAAUCUAUGAAGACAGCACAUUGACCAAAGGAAGUCAAGACAGCGACAACCAGACGUGUGUCACAGACCAAGAAAGAGACAAGAACAACCGCCCGCUGAUUCUCGAGUCAAUGGAGAGCUCUGUCAAGACCAAUCGGCCAGGCAGGCAGAGGGGCCCCGCAGAGACAUCCAACGUCAAUGAGAUGCCUUCAUAAACACCUGUCAUUUGAUUUCUGUCCCUCUCGCCCCUUGCCUGCCCCUGUGCAGCAGCGUGCCUUAAUUCAACUAUAACAAGCCCAGGAUGGUAUGUGGCUUCCUCGGCUGUCCAGAUACUGUACAUAACAUCUCAGCUGCAGGGAGCUGUCAACAGCUCCAAGGUGGAAACCUUUGACAGACUAUGCCAGCACUAACUAGAUGUGGAUGUGGAGGUCAAAGACAUACGACAGCUUCAUUGCUCAAGAUAACAACACUAUAAAGAACCGCUUUGUUAUUAUUUAAGAGCCAUGAACUGCUUUAAUGAGAGAUCUGGAGUGGAGUGAAUAAUAUCCCAUUUGUCUUUUUGUUGUUUUGUUUGUGUUUUGGCUGUUAAAAUGA